GCGCCGGGGGAGGCCUCAGGCACGCCAUCUUCAAAGACCCCCAACCCAGACUCAGGCUUGGGGAGGGGGCAUUGUACCCCAUCCAGGAGUCGGCCAUGACAACGGCCGUGUCCCCUUUAAGCAGAGAGCCGCCCGCUGCAGUGGGUGGACUCGUGCCCAGCCAGUGGGAGCUGUGAGCUCCCCUCCCACAGCCCCUCCCUGGGGAGGGGAGGGAGGCGCCGAGCAGCGUGGCUCCCUAGGAGUCGGUGGCACCCGGGAGACAAUAGCAGACAUGCUGUGUGGGCUCAGCCGGGAGACCCCUGGAGAGGCAGACGAUGGGCCUUACUCCAAAGCAGGCAAGGACGCGGGAGGGGCCGACGUGGCCCUGGCUUGCCGCCGGCAGAGCAUUCCAGAGGAGUUCCGAGGGGUCACCACGGUGGAGCUGACCAAGAAGGAAGGCAGCACGCUGGGCCUGACCAUCUCGGGUGGCACGGACAAGGACGGGAAGCCCCGGGUCUCCAACCUGAGACCCGGGGGGCUCGCAGCCAGGAGUGACCUGCUGAAUGUGGGCGACUACAUUCGGUCUGUGAACGGAAUCCACUUGACCAGGCUCCGCCACGAUGAGAUCAUCACUCUGCUCAAGAAUGUGGGCGAGCGCGUGGUGCUGGAGGUGGAGUAUGAGCUGCCCCCGCCCGCCCCUGAGAACAACCCAGGGAUCGUUUCAAAGACAGUGGAUGUCUCCCUGUACAAGGAGGGCAACAGCUUUGGCUUUGUCCUCAGAGGAGGUGCCCACGAAGACGGGCACAAGUCCCGCCCGCUCGUCCUGACCUACGUGCGGCCCGGCGGCCCUGCCGACAGGGAGGGCUCUUUGAAGGUGGGUGACAGGCUGCUCAGUGUUGAUGGGACCUCGCUGCGUGGGGCCAGCCACGCCGCUGCCCUGGCCACCCUGCGGCAGUGCAGCCACGAGGCACUCUUCCAGGUGGAGUAUGACGUGGCCAUCCCAGACACGGUGGCCAACGCGUCGGGGCCCUUGAUAGUGGAAAUAACCAAGACGCCAGGGUCGGCCCUGGGGAUCUCACUCACCACCAGCUCCCACCGGAACAAGCCGGUCAUCACCAUCGACCGCAUCAAGCCAGCCAGCGUGGUGGACAGGAGUGGGGCCCUGCACGCCGGAGACCACAUCCUGUCCAUCGAUGGCACCAGCACGGAACACUGCUCGCUGCUUGAGGCCACCAAGCUCCUGGCCAGUGUGUCGGAGAAAGUGCGUCUGGAGAUCUUGCCUGCGCCCCAAAGCCAGCGGCCCCUGAAGCCCUCAGAAGCAGUGAAGGUGCAGAGGAGCGAGCGGCCGCAUCGCUGGGACCCCUGCGUGCCCUCUUGCCACAGCCCCCGGCCUGGCCACUGCAGGACGCCCACCUGGGCCACCCCUGCUGGCCAGGACCAGAGCCGAUCCUUGUCCUCAUCUCCCUUUUCCUCGCCGACCAUGAACCACGCCUUUCCCUGCACCAACCCCAGCACCCUUCCUCGUGGAUCCCAGCCUAUGAGCCCCCGGACCACAAUGGGGCGGAGGAGGCAGCGAAGACGGGAACACAAGAGCUCAUUGUCGCUGUCCUCCAGCACGGUGGGGCCCGGCGGCCAGAUCGUGCACACGGAGACCACAGAGGUCGUGCUCUGUGGAGACCCCCUCAGCGGCUUCGGCCUCCAGCUGCAGGGCGGCAUCUUCGCCACCGAGACCCUGUCCUCCCCACCCCUCGUGCGCUUCAUCGAGCCCGACAGCCCGGCUGAGAGGUGUGGGCUGCUGCAGGUGGGGGACCGUGUCCUGUCCAUCAACGGCAUCGCCACCGAGGACGGGACGAUGGAGGAGGCCAACCAGCUGCUGCGGGACGCGGCGCUGGCGCACAAGGUGGUGCUGGAGGUGGAGUUCGACGUGGCCGAGUCUGUCAUCCCGAGCAGUGGCACCUUCCACGUGAAGCUGCCCAAGAGGCGUGGCGUGGAGCUGGGCAUCACCAUCAGCUCGGCUAGCAGGAAGCGAGGCGAGCCCCUGAUCAUCUCCGACAUCAAGAAAGGCAGUGUGGCGCACAGGACCGGCACCCUUGAGCCAGGUGACAAGUUGCUGGCCAUUGACAAUAUCCGCCUGGACAACUGUCCCAUGGAGGACGCCGUGCAAAUCCUGCGGCAGUGCGAGGACCUGGUGAAGCUGAAGAUUCGGAAGGAUGAGGACAACUCUGACGAGCAGGAGACCACAGGUGCCAUCAGCUACACGGUGGAGCUGAAGCGCUACGGGGGCCCCCUGGGCAUCACCAUCUCGGGCACAGAGGAGCCGUUUGACCCCAUUGUCAUCUCGGGCCUCACCAAGCGUGGUCUGGCUGAGAGGACUGGCGCUAUCCACGUUGGGGACCGUAUCCUGGCCAUCAACAGUGUUAGCCUCAAGGGCCGGCCACUGAGUGAGGCCAUCCACCUCCUGCAGGUGGCUGGCGAGACUGUCACCCUGAAGAUCAAGAAGCAGUUAGACCGCCCUCUCCCAGCCCACAAAUCGGGCAGCCUCAGUGAAGCCAGUGAUGCGGAUGAGGACCCGCCAGAGGCGCUGAAAGGAGGCCUGCUGGCACCCCGGGCCGUGCCCGCCGUGCCCAGUGUGGACAGCGCCGUGGAGUCCUGGGGCAGCUCAGCCACGGAGGGUGGCUUUGGGGGCCCAGGUUGCUACACUCCUCAGGCAGCCACCCGGGGAGCGACCCCCCAGGAGUGGCGGCCCAGCCGGCUGAGAAGCAGUCCCCCACCCGCUGAGCCCCGGAGGACAAGCUGUACCCCAGCCCCCACCGAUGAGAGCUUCCCCGAGGAGGAGGAGGAGGACUGGGAGCCGCCAGCGAGCCCAGCCCCCGGCCCCGCCCGCGAGGAGGGCUUCUGGCGCACGUUCGGGGAGGCCCUCGAAGACCUGGAGUCUUGUGGUCAGUCAGAGCUGCUGAGGGAGCUGGAGGCAUCCAUCAUGACGGGCACCGUGCAGAGCGUGGCCCCCGAGGGCAGGCCUGGCCACCGGCCCUGGAGGAGGAGCCGGCAGGUACGAGCUGCCCCCGGAGACACGCAGGAGCUGCUGCUGCCGCCGCCCUUGGAGACGCACAAGGUGACGCUGCACAAGGACCCCGUACGGAGUGACUUCGGUUUCAGCGUCUCAGACGGCCUCCUGGAGAAGGGCGUCUACGUCCACACGGUGCGCCCCGACGGGCCCGCCCAGCGCGGGGGCCUCCGGCCCUUCGACAGGGUCCUCCAGGUCAACCACGUGCGCACGCGGGACCUGGACUGCUGCCUGACGGUGCCGCUCCUGGCUGAGGCGGGGGACGUCCUGGAGCUGGUCAUCAGCCGCAACCCGCUGGCCCAGGGCAGCCGGGCCCCCCGAGCGCCAGGCCCCAGCGGCCCCCGGAUGCUCUGAAGUCAGCACGUGGUCUGGACACCCAAGGGGCCGCCUGGGGAGAUCCUGGCUCCCAGACCUGUAGCUGGGCUGGAGAGGCGGCCACCCACUCGUCCGUCUGUCCGUCUGGCAGAUGCUGAGCCGGGGACAGGACAUCGUUCUCCAGUUCUGUGGUAAAUGGGCUGCCAGGUCCAGCUGGAGUGACAUCUAGGUCUUUCUCCAUGUUGGCUCCAAGAUGCCCAGAGGGGCCCUGCCCGCAGGGGUCCACACAGGCUGCUUGGGGCGGGAAGGAGGAGGGUCUGGGGCACAGCCUCCUCGGAAGAGUGUCUGGUGCGGGGCAAGCUCAGCCCAGUGCAGGGAGCGCUUUCUCCCAGCAGAGCCAUGGGGCUGGAAUGAGCUGCCAGGGAGGCGUGAGCUCCCUGUUUCGGGAGGUGAGCAAGUGGGAGCUGAUACGCCCGUGCAGCCGUGGGCCACGGCGUCCCGGCAAUCUGUCACACGGGCUGGGGUGGUCAGCAUCCCCAUGGGGGAGCCUUUAGGGUGAGGCUGGAGGCUCCUUCAGCUGGACAGCCUCCCUCCAGGAAGGCUGCUGCUCAGGUAGGAGCCCAGGCCCUUCCCUUCUCCAGGACUCUGGUGUUCGGGGCUCGCCAGCGCCCCCACUUUGGAGGCUCUAAGCUGGGGUGUCUGGGAUCCCAGGAGUGGCCCUGGGCGGGGUUCUUUCAUUUUUGCCUCUCUGAUUGGAGACCAUGGCUCUGGGCUGAAAGGGCAAGCUCGGGGACAGUUUUGGGCUGUCAGCCCCACCUGCCUCUUUUGUAGGAUGCGUGGUCACUGACCCACAUGGAUACCUGCCUCUCAGCCCAGGCCCUCCAGGUGGGAGGGGGUCCUUCUGGUACAAAAGACCCAGGGGUUUCCGUUCACCUGCCGUUACAGUGAAGAUGGGAAAACCGUGGAAACAGGACUGAUACUAGAUGGUACCGCCCCUCUCCACUAUCCGAAUCGGUGCAGGAGAGAGAAGCAGGGACGUGGGGGCAGACAGACAGGCAGGGAGAGAGGCUGGACCAAUGCCCACCCGUUCUCUCUCACGCCCAGGGGCGACAGAGUCAUUAGUGGUCGUUCAGGGGCGUUUGUUCCCACUGGCAGUCUGGAAGCACCAGCAGCCCUCAUUUAGGACAGGGUGCCUCCAUCUGGUGGUCCGGGCUGUGGGCGCUGGGAUAGGGGUGGACAGGCGGGAUUCAGCCAGGUCUGGGGACUUGCUUUGCCCCCGCUCAGCUCUUAACAGGGUCUCAGGAAAAGAGGGGGGCACCCACUCCCUCCUGCCUCCUCCUCCACCCCUGUGACCCCGGGAGCCCUGAAAAAUGCACUUCCACUCAAGGGACUGGGUGGGGAGAUGAGGUCUGUCCUCUUCACCCCAGGGUGCUGCGCGGUUGCCGUGUGAACCCGUCCGGUCUGACCCCUCCGGACAAUCAAGGUGGACAGUCAGUCUCCGGGCAGGGGCCGGCCUCCCUCUCAGGGUGGAACCAUCUCCCCUGCCCACGCUCUCCCCUGAGGGCCUGCCCCCUGGCCCCAGCUUCCUCCCACCUUGGCCCUCCUUGCCCUCCCCGGAGGGAGAGCGCUAUGGCUGGGCCGCCCAGUGCCUCUGCCAGCUCAGAUUCCUGUGUCAACGUCUGCCCCAAGGUGAAACAGCUUGGGCCCCCGUCCCAGGGGCACCGAGCGAAAACCAAGAGCCCUGAGCUUGCGGAGGGGGGAACAGCAGAGACAUGGCCACUGCAGCCUCAGCUGUGUGACCCUCAGCCAGUGGCCAGCCUCUCUGGGCCUCUAUCAAGGGCCAGGGCUAGACGGGACACUCUCCCAGGGCCUCUUGGCGACUGCAGGCGAGGGAAGACGCGUCUUGACCCCACCCGCGCUCCCCCUCCCUCUGCCACUUCCCCCAGACGUAUGCAGCCAGGCCCACGGGUGGCCCUGCGCCGGCCUUCUCAUAUGCAAUAGUCCUUCUGGCUUCUCCUGGGGCUUGCUCACCCCAGAACUGACAUCUCCCGAUGACGCCUGUCCCCAGUGAGUGUCCUGCCUGCCUAUGCAUUUUGGGUACAGCCCCUGCGACAUGCUCCUGCCACCCCCUAAAAGCUGUAUUUUUCUCUGGCUGAGAUUUGAGCAUAUUCCUUGUAAAGUAUUUUUCUACACGGGGUUUUCUUAGGGCUCUCGGGAAGCACAACUCGCCCAGGGGCGGCAGGUUAAGGCCAGCUGGGCCUGCGUGGGGCCCAUGGCUAAAUCUGACCCACCAGGGGCUGCGGUGACUUGGGAACUGGGGGUGGGGUGCUGUGGGGACGACUUUUUAAAAAUAAAAUUAUUUAAAUGCACCUGGAGUAGAGCGUCUGCUUUUUAAAAAAUACCACAGGCCGGUGAGCCCUAUCAGAGUACC